CAUGAUAACCCUAACCUUAACAAUAAAAGUUCCAUUCCACUAAAGAAGGGCUUGGUUCGUGUCGUUGGGAAGAAAUCUGGAGAUGGCGUUGCGGAAGCUAGUGUCCUCCGUUGCUAAAGUAGUCGAAACGCAGCAGGUUAGGGUUGACCGAUUGUCAUCGACCAUGAAACGUGUGUGGGAAGAAGAGGUCAGCCAGAACAAACUCGGUGUUUCCCUGGUACUAGCCGCUGCAGGUCUGGUCGGUCACAAAAAGAGCGAGUAUGAUGAUGUGAAAAAAUUGAGAGCACAGCUCCAUCAGAUACUUGCGGAUUGUGAGAUCGUGUUGCUGCGUUGCGAUGCAAAUUCGCAAGCUUUUCGUUCUACGGAGGCGAAGAUGAAGAAGCUGAAGAGAGAAAUUUGGUUAUCCAAGGAAACAUGAUGAUGAUGAACUUCCCUAAACUUUGAACUAACUUCCCUAAACUUUAAAAGAAAAGAUUCGUUUGUAAAAGUUCACGUGCUUUUCGGUGAUACAAAUGAAACAAGAGUGUGAGAAAACAAGACACAAAAGUAACCUGCUUCUCUUACUCAACUAGCUGGUUUAAAAAAAAUAUGAAUUUAUCUCCUUUCACCACAAGUUUCGAACCCUAUUAGAGGUCGGAUUAUGGACGUCUGACUGAGCAGGAGCUGGUAUUGGGGGGGGAAUUUUCCCACUUGUGUGUAACCUCUGGAGUAAGAGGUGGUUCGCUAAAGCAUCUAGGCAACUAAAUCAUAAGCACACACGUAUCUUGUUUCCAGCUCCUCCAACAGCAGUUUAUGUCAUGGCAUGGCAGAAGGGAAAGUAGUAUAUUAAACGUUAUGCAUGGACAAAGAAAACUUCAAGAUAUUCUACUGUCCGAAAUCGCCUAGACUUUAUUUGAAAAAAAAAAAC